UAUAGAACAUUGUAUAAAGAUCAGGUUUUCUCUUUGUUAUACUUGAGGCUGAGAGAAACGCCAUAGAUAAACAGGGGAAACCUCUGUAAUUAACUGGUGUGGUUCUGCAGCUGGGGGCUGGGCGUCAGGAAAAAACCGUUUAUAGAAAACAUUAUUUUAUAUUUUUUCGAAAGGACUCAUAUUUCUGAAAAAUUUUGUGAACCCCCAAGGACUUCUCGAAGCAUUCACUAACCUCCCCGAUGGCCGAUGGACUCUAUGAGCGGAGGAGAGUCAUGUCAUGGCUUUCCUAUUCUCACUUCUUAGUUCCGAAGGCACCCAAUCGACGUUUCGUAACAUCCAUCUAAAAAGUAAGAUAAAAGUAAUUUUCUUGCUUUCUCACUUUAAGGUGUCGGCAAUGUCGACUCCGGUGGACAGUGAGGUGGAGUUCCGUUCGUACGUGGACGACGCCUGGUACAGUGUGCAACUGCUUCUUGACCGUGAAGGUGAGAAGUUGACCGUCAAGUUCUCUAGCUUACCCGGUUGCUAUGACGAAGUGUUUGAUGCGAGCGGGUUCCAUAGCUUGGAAACGUUGGAGGAGUUCGAGAACAGGUUCCGUCCUGUUUCCAUACAAUUACAGGACACUGACUGCUCUAAGGUCGUCAAAGGCUUGCGGGUCUGCGCCUCACACGCCUUCAAUGACAACGAUAUCCGCUUCUUCGACGCCAUUUUAGAAGAUGUAAUAAAGAGUGAACAUUCUUUUGCAAGUGGGGAAGAGGAGUGUUUGUGCAGUUUCAUACUUUGUUGGAAGCAUGGUCCAAAUGCUGAUACAUAUAUGGAGAAGAAAGUCGAAAACAUAUGCAUGGUCCAGUCUAAUCUAAAAUUGAAUCCCCAUGUGGCUUCUUUUGCAAAGAGAGCAAAGGAGAAAAUUGAGGGUGAGGGUGCUAAUCUUAAAUAUAUUUCAGCUUCCAAUGGUGAUUCUGCCAAUUGCAAUAGUAGUGCUGGCUGUAGAGAAAACAGUAACCCCAUUGUCAAGCAGGUUAAGUGUGCCAAACGAUCUACAAGUAGUAUUUGGUCAUGUGAAGGGAAGACUAGUGAUCUUCAAGAUAUAGAUAUAGAAAUAGGAAGGGAUGGCUAUCACUAUAUCAUAUUACUUGAGAAUUUGGAGAAAGAAUUAUCCCCUUCAACAGUCAUUGAGUUCAUUCAUCAACAUACGAGAAUUACACCCCAAGCUUAUAUUUUUCCAAGUUUGCCAUGGGAGUUGUCUACUCAAGGUGCUGUUAUGUUAGAUUCUAGGAAGAAUCUUGAGGUUUUAUCUGAUUUUUUGAGUAAUGCUGAUCACUUUGUCGUAUCCUCAAAAGGAAGGCCAUGGGUAGUAAAUAAGAAUCUCAUGAGACAUGAUGCAUGUAGAGCAUCAAUUGGGACUUUUAUGCUUAGUCAUCAGAAGAAAUUACAGAAAAAUAAUGCUGGGAUCAGACAUGAAUUAAAGGUUGUGUGUUCUGGCACCGAGGAAUACAGGCGUGCAAAGGAGUUGAGGGAUUUAUUCAUGGAGUUCAGUUGCCAUCAAGAGCGACUAUUCAAGAGGCUAGCUCUAGAGGAAAGAAAGAUCCUGCACCCAUCCCCUACAUUGUAGAUGCUGUGAGUGGUCUUAUGCAAAUGUAAUUGUAUUUCACUUACUGGGAAGACUGACCUGACUUAUACUUACUGAUAUAAACACAAUGUAUCGAACACGAUCAUUAUUACGGUUAUAUCUAAAGUUACGUGAUCAUCUGUGGUCAAACAUGAUAACUAAA